UCCUGUCGCAACACACUACCAUGUCAACAGGGUGGUUAUCCGGAUCCGAAUGCAUGUCACCGUUGCUUGUGUCCGACAGGAUUAGGCGGCACAUAUUGUGAAAAGUUGCAGCAGCACUCAAGCUGUGGAGUCGAAUUGGUAGCUACAGAUUCCUGGCAGGAUCUAUCCUAUUCUGGAGCGUCGUCAUGCUACUGGCGUAUAAAAACGGAUCCUGGCGACCGUAUCCGAUUCGAGUUGACCACUGUCUUCUUCAAAUGUGCUCCGACAUGCGAAGAAUUCGUGGAAGUGAAGUUCGGGCCAAGUCACGACCGAACGGGACUUCGUGAAUGUUGCCGUGCUGAGUACGGUGAGAUUCUAUCCCAAAGUGACUCCAUCCUUGUUCUUACACUGGCCACAACGAAUUCACAAUUCGCUCUUCGUUACCGGCGA